UGCUUGUUGUAUUCACCAGAACCCGCAGAUUCACAUCAGAAUUAAUAAAACAUUAAUAUUUAAAUGUAUUAAUUAUUUUAAUUAUUUUUGUUUUUAAAAUAUACGUGUAAAAAUAUUAAUUAUGUUCGACAAAAAGAUGUUAAAUGCUUUUCCUCAAAUAUCCCACAAAAAUUUAAUCAAUAUACUGAAAGAUAUGCCUGGACCCAAAGACUUAGUUGUAGAACAUAGACUUUUCAAACCUCUUGAAAUGUUCAUCGAUAUGAAAAGCUUAAGGCUUUAUGGGGUAGAAAAGGUGUAUAAAUUACAAGAAUCGGUCAACCCAAUUACCAAUCGGCAGUGUGUUUUUUUGGUGUCGUCUAAUUUACCAGCAACAAAAAUUAUUUGUGAUCUCAUUAACUCAUGUUUAAGUAUGACAAGCUUAGCUGAAGAUAUUAUUAAAGUCAUUCUUGUUCCUAGGUCAUUGAUUACUAUUGAAAAACAAUUUGAAGAGGAAGGUGUCUAUGGGUACAUUCAAAUAUUUGAAUUUCAAUGGGAUUUCAUUCAUUUAGGAGAUUCGUUACUUUCAUUGGAGAUGAUAGAUUUCUACAAAAAUGUGUUUGUUGAAGAAAAUCAAUCUUUGUUAAUGCCUGUUGCUAAAGCACUGUGGACAGCUUUUAUGGUUUUAGGGUUUCCUAAGACUGUUUGUAUAAAUGGAAAGUCGUCUACUGCUGUUUAUAAGUUAUUAAAUAGAUUUUUCACUGAAAGAGGAAAGCCUAGCAUUAAUAAUGGAUCGUGUUUUUGUAUUUUAGAUAGGGAUUUUGAUUAUGCAAGCGUUCUAUUAACUCCUUGUACGUAUGCCAGUCUUUUAGAUCAAGUAGUUGGUAUACAAAAUGGUAUAGUCGAAAUAAAAAAGAAUGAUGGAACUACAUCUAUAAAAAACUUAUGUAAUCCUGAUGAAACUUAUGAAUUUGUCAAAUACAAACAGUUUGGUGAUGUAUUGAAUUACUGGAAAUCAAAAUCAAAGGAAUUGCAAGAUAAACUUGAAAAGAGUAAAAAACUGCAACUAGACGAAAUGAAACAAUAUGUUACACAAGAGUUACAAAGUGUAUUAAUGUCAAAAAAAAAUCUUACGUUCCAUAUAGAUGCAUCCGAAGUUGUAUCAAAAGUAAUAGGUGAUAAAUUUAUUGAUUAUAUUACACUUGAAAAAAAUAUGUUAGAAAAUAGAAGUCGCAAAGAAAACUUAAACUGUAUAGAAGAUUUAUUGGCUUUUGGAAAGGGUAGUGCCAAUAAUAUACUUCAGCUUAUUUGUUUAUUUUCACAAUCCCAAGAUGGAUUUACAUCAAUAGAAUUAAAUAAUAUUAAAACAAAAUUUUUACAUCAAUAUGGAUUCAAAUAUUUUGAGACUUUCCACGUUUUAGAGAAAAUGAAUUUAAUAGUAAAAUAUGAUAAUAGCUCUGUUUUAAAUAGUAAUUUGAAUAAAAUUAUAUCCAUUAAUAAAACUAAGCAGAUGAUGCAAAACAUGAUGCAGAAAUUAAGGCUUGUAGAUGAUAGCGAGCAUUGCAUGAGUGCAGCAUUUGGUGGAUCAUAUGUUCCUGCUAUUGGUAAAAUAAUCGAGAUUAUUUGUAAAGAAGAAAUGCCCGAGGAAGAAAUUGUUAAAUUAUUAUCUAACUAUUCAUUUCAAGUAAAUGACUUUAAGACAGGUAUAAAAACAGUGUUUAUUAUGGUAAUUGGAGGUAUAACAUACGCUGAACAAGCAGCUCUUCACUUUUUAGAAAAGUCAAUGAAUAUAAAAAUUAUAAUUUUUAGCACAAAUAUAAUUAAUGGAAAUAUUUUAAUAAAUUCUUGUUUGUAG